UUCGCUGUGUCACGACGCGGCCUGAGGGGACGGCGGAGCGCGGCGGGCCAUGGAGUACCUCAUCGGCAUCCAGGGCCCCGACUACGUCCUGGUAGCCGCCGACACGGUGGCGGCCUCCAGCAUCGUCCAGAUGAAGCACGACCAUGACAAAAUGUUUAAGAUGAGUGAAAAGAUCUUACUCCUGUGCGUUGGGGAGGCUGGAGACACUGUACAGUUCGCAGAAUACAUUCAGAAAAAUGUUCAGCUCUACAAAAUGAGAAAUGGUUAUGAAUUGUCUCCUACUGCAGCUGCAAACUUCACACGACGAAACCUAGCUGACUAUCUUCGGAGUCGAACCCCUUAUCAUGUCAACCUUCUCCUGGCUGGCUAUGAUGACCAUGAAGGUCCUGCGCUUUAUUACAUGGAUUACCUUGCGGCUCUGGCUAAAGCUCCUUUUGCAGCACAUGGCUAUGGUGCAUUCCUUACCCUCAGCAUCCUUGACCGCUAUUACAAGCCAAGUAUCACACGUGAGGAAGCUGUGGAGCUCCUACAAAAAUGUCUAGAGGAGCUUCAGAAACGCUUCAUCCUAAAUCUGACUUCUUUCAACGCCCGGUUCAUUGACAAAGAUGGCAUCCAUGAAGUGGACAAUAUACCCCUUCCAAAAGCGAUGUCCUAACCCCUGAGAUCUUUCUUCAGCAGUCUUCUUUUUUUGUUCACUUUUGGUUUUUUCUAUUCAUUUGAAGCACACAAGUCAUGUACUGCACUGGGAGAUCGAAUAAAGAUUGACAUUUA